UGAAAUCAUGAACUUUAAGAAAAUGGGGAAGGACUACUUCGAUUAUAUCAAUGUUGGCAGCUGGGACAACGGUGAGCUGAAAAUGGAUGACGAUGAAAUAUGGUCAGAGAAAAACAGUAUCAUCAGAUCUGUGUGCAGUGAACCCUGUGAAAAAGGCCAAAUAAAGGUGAUCCGUAAAGGAGAAGUGAGUUGCUGUUGGACCUGCACUCCUUGCAAAGAGAAUGAAUAUGUGUUUGAUGAAUACACAUGCAAAGCCUGCCAGCUUGGCUCCUGGCCCAACGAAGAGCUCACAGGCUGUGACCUCAUUCCAGUCCAGUAUCUCAGAUGGGGCGAUCCUGAGCCCAUCGCACCGUUGUUUUUUGCAUGCCUGGGGCUGCUGGCCACCUUGUUCGUUACAGUUAUAUUCAUAAUGUACCGUGAUACUCCAGUGGUCAAGUCAUCCAGCCGAGAGCUUUGCUACAUCAUUCUAGCUGGCAUCUGCUUGGGUUACCUGUGCACUUUCUGCCUCAUCGCCAAACCUCAACAGAUUUACUGCUACCUGCAGCGGAUUGGCAUCGGCCUCUCCCCGGCUAUGAGUUACUCCGCUCUGGUGACUAAAACCAACCGCAUUGCAAGAAUCCUGGCUGGAAGCAAGAAGAAAAUCUACAAGAAACCCAGGUUCAUGAGUGCCUGCGCCCAACUGGUCAUUGCUUUUAUCUUGAUAUGUAUACAGCUAGGCAUAAUCGUCGCCCUCUUCAUCAUGGAGCCACCAGAUAUAAUGCAUGAUUAUCCAAGCAUCCGAGAGGUCUACCUGAUUUGUAACACCACCAACCUGGGUGUUGUAACUCCCCUUGGAUAUAAUGGAUUGCUCAUUUUGAGCUGCACCUUUUAUGCAUUUAAGACAAGAAAUGUUCCUGCUAAUUUCAACGAAGCAAAGUACAUUGCCUUUACAAUGUACACCACCUGCAUCAUUUGGCUGGCUUUUGUGCCAAUAUAUUUUGGAAGCAACUACAAGAUAAUCACCAUGUGCUUCUCAGUGAGUCUGAGUGCCACGGUGGCCCUCGGCUGCAUGUUUGUGCCCAAGGUCUAUAUCAUCCUUGCUAAGCCCGAGAGGAACGUGCGCAGUGCGUUCACCACAUCGACUGUGGUCCGCAUGCAUGUAGGGGAUGGAAAGUCAUCUUCAGCUGCAAGCCGCUCAAGUAGCCUGGUCAACCUGUGGAGAAGAAGGGGAUCAUCUGGUGAAACCCUUAGGUACAAAGGCAGGAGACUGGCCCCGCACAAGUCGGAAAUAGAGUGUUUCACCCCAAAAGGGAGUAUGGGGAAUGGUGGGAGAGCUACAAUGACCAGUGAAGAAUCUGUUUGCAUUCCAGACUGUAAUCGAUCUGAGUCAAGUAGAGAGGAGAAAAAGGUUCCUGUUAAAGAGGAUGCCCUAACAGUCAAAAAGACUGGAAACUGUGUCAGUCUAAUAGUUCCACAGCAAGACUGUCAGCUGCAAGACCUGCUCAAACACUCUAAUGGGAAAUCAGUCUCCUGGGCCCAGAACGAGAAAAGCAGCAGAGGAGCACACCUUUGGCAGCGGCUGUCAGUCCACAUCAACAAAAAAGAGAACCUCAACCAAACUGCAGUGAUCAAGCCUUUCUCUAAAAGCACAGAUAGUAGCCGACACAGUAGCAGCGCUACGUUUCCCGAGGCCAGUGCCAAAACGCUUUAUGACGUCUCAGAAGCAGAAGAGCAAUACCCAGCUCAGUACCGACCGCAGACUCCCUCACCUAUCAGCACCCUGAGCCACAGAACUGCCUCCGUUAGCCGAACAGAAGACGACGCCCCUACCUUCCAGUCAGAACCUCCUCAGCGAAGUAGCUCCUCUCAAGGCUCCCUCAUGGAGCAGAUCAGUAGCGUGGUUACUCGCUUUACAGCCAAUAUCAGUGAGCUGAACAAUAUGAUGCUUUCAACAGCCACUCCAGGGACAAUUGCAACCACUCCUCUCUGCUCCUCAUACCUGAUUCCACGGGAAAUCCAGCUCCCUACAACAAUGACCACUCUUGCAGAGAUCCAACCGCUUCCUGCCAUUGAAGUCAAUGGCGCUUCGCAGUCAGCUAGGAAACCUUCGAAUGGCAGCAUCAAAGAAGGCACUUCAGAGACCCCAUCUGCCAAGCAAGACCUUGAGGAGUUGGUAGCUUUAACUCCUCCUUCUCCUUUUAGAGACUCCAUUGAUUCUGGAAGUGCAUCUCCCAGCUCUCCGGUUUCUGAAUCCGCUCUCUGUAUCCCAUCCUCCCCAAAGUACGACACACUCCUCAUCAGAGAUUAUACUCAAAGUUCUUCUUCGCUGUGAAUGUAGUUCAAGACAACGUUGGAUUUCAAUGAUUACAAGCAAGUAGUGAGGGGACAGGCAAGCCUUCAAGAUCUCCAGUGUUCACGCAGAUAGAGUGAGAGGCGUCGGGUCAUCUUGUGAGAAAUGGAGAGGAAGAAGAGGAAUUACUCGAGAAGUGGAAACAUCAGAUUAAUUGUGCUUGUUUUAAAGACAAAAUGACUCUUGGCAGAUUAUCGUGGCCUUAAAAAAACAUGGGCUUUUCAGAAACACUGAAUCUAUUUUUGAGGGCUUAUAAGGAGUCUGUUAAAUCAGUUACAUACCAAGUGCUUUGCUUUAGUACUCCAAUGAACUGUGUGUACAAUAUCCGGGGCAGGGGGGGGAACAAGAUUGUAAACAACUGUACAAUGGUUUGUUUGUUUACUCUGAUUCCUUACCCAGAAGUGAACCUUGAUCUUUUAUCAAGAAUGGAAGACCAAACAUUGAAUGUACAUUUUCUAACAGACUCAUAUCUGGGACCAACCUGUCAAGCUUUCUUUUUUUGUUGUUGUUUUGGGGUUUUUUUUCUAUGAAGAUCUGGAAAAGCAGUAAUAUGUGUUCAGUGACUACCAAACCCUUUGCUGAAGCAUAUUGUGUCCGUGAUACCGUCACACAUGGUUAACACUAAGCUGAGACUUUGCAGUGAGUGACUGCAACCUGGAGGGCUUUACAAGUGACUUCUCGACCUACACAUUUGUUUAUGAAAUUCUCUUCUAUCAGUAUC